AUGUCCGCCCAGUCCCAGCCGCAGUCCAAAUGGAACACCGACAGACUCGCCUGGCGCCUGGGCGCAGAUGCGACGAGCGCCGCAUGCGCCGGCGCCCUCAUCGCGCCCAUCAUCACCAUCAUUGACCGCUCCAUUAUGGAAAACGCCUCCGGCCGCAACUCCCUCGCCGCCUCCAUCCGCUCCUCUCUCCGCACCCUCUUCUCCCGCCCGCAAGCUCUCCUCCUCUCCCGCCCAUGCGCCCUCGUCUUCGCCCUCUACGCCGGCACCUACAUGACGGCAAACUCCCUCGACACCGCCGCCUCCACAGUCACCAACCGCCCCGCCAGCGCCGUCACCUCCGGGCCCGGCAAGUUCGCCGCCUCGUCCGCCGCAAACGUCGGCCUCUGCGUCUACAAGGACCAGGUCUUCGUCCGCCUCUUUGGCCCUCCCGGCGCCGUUCCUCGACCCGUCCCGCUGCCGAGCUAUAUCCUCUUCACGAUGCGCGACUGCUUGACCAUCUUCGCUUCCUUCAACCUGCCGCCGCUCUUGGCUCCGUGGAUGGACACCCGCCUCUCCGACUCCAUGCGACGCUACGUCUCCGGCCUGACAGCAGCCCAAUUCAUCGCCCCAGCAUCCGUCCAGCUCUUAUCCACUCCUGUCCACCUGCUCGGCCUGGACAUGUACAACCGCCCCAACGGCGGGUGGCGCCAGCGCUGGCAAGUCGUGCGAUCAAACUGGCUCAUCAGCACAGCCGCGCGCAUGUGUCGCAUCAUACCGGCAUUCGGCGUAGGCGGAGUAGUCAAUAUGAAGACGAGGCGGCAUCUCAUGGAAAAGAUUGCGUAA